AAUUUCAUUCACAGUGUCUCGAGCUUAUUCGAAACAGUUCAAAGCAGCUCUACAAAACAUAUCAAUAUUAAAUAAAUAAUAUUAUUUUAUAUCAAACAAUUGGUAAUAAUUGAAGAAGUGCCACAAUGAAGUUUUUCGUGCCUUUAUUCAUCUUCAGUUUUGUUGUCGUAUCUGGAGAACCAGGUAUUGGACAAAAUCCUCGUGGACGAAUUGGACCACCGCCAUUGAUAAACCGUCCAAAACUACCAGAUAAUACACGUUUUCGUCGUUCCCCUGAACCUGAACCUCAAGGAUCAAUUGUUUUCCAAGGAACUAAACCCAUGAGUGGUCCAGAACGUAGACCAACUAUGACUCUAGAUUAUCAACAUAAAAUUUUCCAAAAUAAAUAUGGUGAAAUCACUGCUGGAGGCGGUGCCAUGAAGAUACCUGGACACCGAGUUGAACCUCAUGCAGGAAUUGGAGCAACAUUCAGAUUCCGUCGCUCCCCUGAACCUGAACCUCAAGGAUCAAUUGUUUUCCAAGGAACUAAACCUAUGAGUGGUCCAGAACGUAGACCAACUAUGACUCUAGAUUAUCAACAUAAAAUUUUCCAAAAUAAAUAUGGUGAAAUCACUGCUGGAGGCGGUGCCAUGAAGAUACCUGGACACCGAGUUGAACCUCAUGCAGGAAUUGGAGCAACAUUCAGAUUCCGUCGUUCUCCUGAACCUGAACCUCAAGGAUCAAUUGUUUUUCAAGGAACUAAACCUAUGAGUGGUCCAGAACGUAGACCAACUAUGACUCUAGAUUAUCAACAUAAAAUUUUCCAAAAUAAAUAUGGUGAAAUCACUGCUGGAGGCGGUGCCAUGAAGAUACCUGGACACCGAGUUGAACCUCAUGCAGGAAUUGGAGCAACAUUCAGAUUCCGUCGUUCUCCUGAACCUGAACCUCAAGGAUCAAUUGUUUUUCAAGGAACUAAACCUAUGAGUGGUCCAGAACGUAGACCAACUAUGACUCUAGAUUAUCAACAUAAAAUUUUCCAAAAUAAAUAUGGUGAAAUCACUGCUGGAGGUGGUGCCAUGAAGAUACCUGGACACCGAGUUGAACCUCAUGCAGGAAUCGGAGCAACAUUCAGAUUCCGUCGUUCUCCUGAAGAAUUUCAAGACUUAGAAACAUAUGAAGUUGAACCAGAGGCUUACAUACAAACUGAUGAGGAAUAACUCUAAUUUGAAAUCAAAAUAUUAUUGAGAUUAUUAAUUUUCUUAAAUGAAUCGAGAAGUAUUUUUUAAUUUAUUUGAUUUAAGAUUGCUAAAUAAUUGUUAAAUAGUGAUAGUGAUACAUAAUGAUUAUUCACCAAAUUUUUUUUUUCGCUCAUAUUUUUAUCAAAGUAGAGUAUUUUGUUGAGGAAAUGAGAUGAACAAUCAAAAGAUUUCCGGACAGUAGGAGAUAAUAUUUUAUCGAUAAACUUUAAUCAUAAUUUUCUGCAUAAUAUUUCACGACCCAUAUAAUGUAACUGUCAUUCCAUAAAUGUCAAAUACAUAAUAAUUGAUUGAA